AUGGCUGCAGCAUUAUCCAGUGAUGGCGGUCACGCAGUCGAGCUUAUCUCACAGGCCGCCGAUAUCAAGGAAAAGGAACCUACCGAAGUAUUAGAAGAAGCCGUCCCUAUUGGUUUGGGUGAGAUUGUCACCUCAGAAGAGCCGGUGACAACUCGACUUGAGUUGUGGUCGUGGUACGCGUAUUACUUCGGAAACAACUCAGCGGGACCUCUCGCAUACGCUCCCUUGAUCUUCCAGUACCUGCUUUACGAUGCCGGCUUCAAUGGGAACGACCCAAGUCAGGAUUGCAGCGAUCCCAAUGCGCCAUGUCUCGUCAAGUUCGGCACCAAGAACAUCAACGCGAGCACGGUGGUCUUGAUCUGCAAUGGCCUCGUUUUUGCGUUCCAGAGUGUCCUUCUACUUGUCCUCGGGUCGAUGGGCGACUACGGCCCAUGGAAGAGAUCGGUCUUGAUCGGGGCUUCGAUUGUCUGCUGGGGGACACAGUUCGGGUUUCUCGGCCUGAAGCACCCUUCACAAUACAACAUUGCGAUUGCGCUCUAUAUCUUGACCAGUAUAUCAUACAAUCUCUGUUAUGCUUUUUGGACCCCGUCAUUCCCCCAGCUCGCUCGCAACACUCCUCAGGCACUUGAAGCUAAGAGAGCUUAUGAGGCUGGAGAGCUCACCGAGGAGGAAUACACCAAGAAGAAGUCGCUACAACGCAACAGACUCAGCAAUAUUGCAUUCUGCUGCACCAGCGCUGGCUAUACCAUCACUCUUCUAAUUGCUCUCGGAGCUGCAUACGGGUUGCACGCGAACGAGUCUGACUCUGGAAACCUAAAUGCGGCAGUGAUUAUCGUCGGUCUGUCCACGGGAGUGUGGAUCCUCGCCGGCACUCCGUGGUUCUUCUUGGAAAAAUCCCGCUCCACGCCACUUCCCGAGGGUGAGAGCUACUUCUCUAUCGGCGCUAAGAACUACUGGUUCGCGUUCAAGAAUAUCAGGCAGCUUAGCCAGACCUGGCUGUACCUCAUUGGCUACUUUCUCAUCUCGGACGGCUACGCGACGACGAACCAGAUCUACGGCAUCUGCCAGAACCUGAUUGUUGACUAUAGCACCACCGUCUCCACCGAGCUGUCCAUUGUCCAGGGCGUCGCAAGCACCGUCGGUAUUUACAGCUUCUGGUUCAUCCAGAAGCGGUUCAAGAUCCGCACGAAACCCAUGCUCAUGACCAUCUCCUGCUUUCUGCUUGUCGUGCCGAUCUGGGGUUGCAUUGGCAUCGGAACCACCAACUUCGGGUUCCACAAGACCUGGGAAGUGUGGGGCUACUCGGUGUUCGACUGCCUGCUCGUGUCGCCAUUCUACGCCUUUUCCGCCACCAUGUUGAGCGACAUCUGCCCCAAGGGCCGUGAAGUCAGCUUCUUCGCCAUCUACUCGCUGGUCAGCAACUCGACGGCGUGGAUUGGACCGAUCAUCUGCGGCGUCAUCAUUGACCGCACAGGGAACACCUGGACUGGAUUUCCCUUUUCGCUCUCGCUCAGCUUCGUGGGGUUCGUCCUGAUCUGCUGCGUCAAUGUGAAGAAGGCCCAGGAGCAGUGUGAGGAAUACGUCCGCAAUGACCCGAAUGUACAGAGGCGUGAUAUUCAUGCAGAGUAA